UAUACUGUAUGAGAUGAUAUCUCUUUGAUAUCAAAGGUGGCGCUGUAGAAUUUUGCAUCGUUCCUGUUGCUGCAAAGUUAAAACUGGCAGCUCGUCACGAGAUGUUCAUACCACAAUAGGUACCCUGAGCUGGCAAGAUGAAGAUGCUUGCUCUCCAUUCGUUGGCUGCGGUGCUUUUGAUAAUGUCGCUCGCUGAGCCUCUGAACCAAGGUGCUGAAGCCAUGCCAGUGAGUUGUUGUCUGAAAACUUGUGAAACCAAAGUGCGAAAAGAGCAACUCAAAUCCUACACCAUACAAGACAUACCCUUGUGUCCUGUCAAAGCUGUGAGAUUCGUCACAGAAAAAGACCUCACACUCUGCUCGGACCCGUUCUCACCUUGGGCCAUUAAUACAAUGAUCUUCCUGGACAACAGAGGUGCUCAACAAGGCAACCUUCAAUAACACGUCCUUUGAAAUGUAUUACACCCUUUCCAUACUUUGUACUCGAGAACCGCAAUGUUUGCACUUUUCAUCCCUUAAAACCAUUAAUACUGAGGUAGAUAUUUUAUAGUCUUCGUAUUUUUCGUGUCCUCUUAAAGCAUGUAGCAUUAGUAAGAUUGUGUAUGAUGAUACUAUAUAGACAAAAACUUGGACACCUGAAGAUUUGUAUGUGCUUAUUGAACAUCCUCGCCAACAUUCUGGGAAGAUGUUCCACUAGAUUUUGGAUUGUGAUUGUGGAGAUUUGUGAGAUUUUAUUCAGCCACAAGGGUGUUAGUAAAGUCAGAUGUAGGUCAGGGUGCAGGGGUGUUCCAUUUAUUCGCAAUAGGGUUGAGGUCAGAGCUUAAUAGCAGAUCAUCCACUCCAACCUAUAUCUUCAUGGAGCUGCUUUUGUGCACAGGACCAUUGUCAUUCUGGGUUUGGGUCCCCUAGUUAAAGUGAAGGAACAUUUUUAUGGCUUCUGCAUCCAAAGACAUCCUAUACAAUUGUGUGCCUUGAACUCUGUGGUAAAAUGGGAAAACUUUGGGGGAAAUAUUAUGUGACUAGAAAAAUGAGGUGUCCCAAUACUUUUUGUCUAUAUAGGAUAUUUUUUUUUUCUUCAAAUGAUACUUAUGUAUUUUUGCAAUUUCUUUUAGGCAUUAAAGUGUAUCAACUGACAAAGUUGAAAUGUUUUCUAUUUGGUUUCUUGUUUUUGUAUUAAAACCUAAAACAUUCCAAAAAAAAAAAAAAACUAUAUUAAAUAUAACCACUCUUACCACAUUUGAUCAAGCAAAAACAAUGAUUUUUCUUUUUUCUUUUUUAAUUACAUCAUUAUUUUCUGUUUAUAGUUUUUGGGGAAAUUCUUGGAACCACAUUAGUUCCUCUUGUCAUUUUUUACGAGUCAAAUAUUUGUUCACACUCCUAAUUUUCUUUGUUGAA